AUGGCGGUAUAUGGAGGAGCAGGUGGUAAUCCCAAGAAACGAGACAUAGAUAACAUAUUGGGGUACGUUCACGAUCGAGAUCCACGAUUCAGUCACCAGCCAUGGACAUCCGGAAGUUACGCUGCUAGGUCGAAGACCAAGCAAGGGGAAAUAUCUAUCGAUUUGGUUCCACUAGUACCUGAUAAUGGACGAGGACUUUUGCCAGCAGCCUUAAAAAGCUGGCCAAGAUCUAGACUUUGGCCUCCAGCAGAUAAAGUAGCAGAAGUGUUGACCUCAUUCGGUCGAUGUGAAUUGGAAUUAAUGAAAGAAAUUGACAAAGAUGGCGGAUGCCGAAAGGAGUGCUUGCGAAUAUUAAAGAAACUGCGUGAAGACAAUAGGUGUUGUCCUCCCAAUAAGCCAGCACUUGCGUCAUUCCACUUGAAGAUACUGUUGUUCUGGCAAUGUGAAACGUAUCCAGACAGUCGUGAAUGGGAUCGUUGUCGUCUUCCUGAACGUAUAAUGAGAAUGGUCGCAAAGCUGAAGCAAUGGCUUGACGACAGAAUUUGUCCACACUAUUUCAUCAAUGGCGUUAACCUAUUUGCUGACAAAUCGGGAAAACUGAAAGAUCACGAUGGUUUAUUGCUAACAGCAACAGAGGUGGGAAAGUUUUUGGCUUUCCCAAACAACUUCUUUGAAUAG